GCCAGUGAUAAAUUUAGCUUGUAUUACCUGUCUGAACAAAUGGUUAAAAAAUAAUUACUUCCAUAACUUUCUGAGUACAGUUAAUUUGUCUCAAGCUGCCUUUCCCCAUCAAGUAUCAACGUUAACGGCCUUAGCAGUGUCACGCUCCAUCCAGGAUGCCAUACGUUCCAUCCAGCAGAGGGACGAAGAGAAAGUUGGCAGACGAUGCUGUUGGUUUACAGCCCCAGUCCAAAUCUUCCAAAGUCACCUUCCUGAGCCCGUCUCUUAUCCUGCUGGAACUCCCCUCUGACACCAACAGCAGCUUCCCAGUGUGGGAGGCCAUGAGAUCCCAGCAGGUUGACGUUGCCUGGACCGUCAACCCCUACAGCGCCAUGGUUCAUUUCACCCCUGUGACCUCUCAGCAGGGGAAGAGAACAAACUCCAGCCAAACUGAAGACACUUCCAGCGCUACACAGAGCUCAGUGCCUUUUUCUGGGAUCCCGCAACCUCAGUUGGCCAUCCAGUCCAUCACUCAGCUGCACAGCACCUCCCAGAACUCCUGUGUUGUGCUCACCCUUUCCCAAGACAGCACCCAGUUAGCGCCAAGCCUUCCAGGUCAACUACUCUACACGCCUCCAACCCCUACGCCAGUCACCUCCGUCAUCAUUACCCUGCCACUCACCAUCACCCAGCCACAGCCUGCCUUUCAGCCCAGCACCCCUACCAAGAGAAUCACCAUCCAGACCCCACCAGCCACCCCCACUAUGCCGCAAGCCCCGUCUAAAGUGCCUGACCCCAACCUGUUCCACACAAGGAGCUCCGCCAACAUCGAGAUCUGUGACAACUUCCUCCUGGGUUUGUGUCAGGCAGGGAGGAAGUGUAAGAUGCACCACACUCCCUACCCGUUUCACUGGCAGCUGUGGAGUGUGGUCACCCACCGGUGGAUCGACAUCCCCCUUCGCUCUCAGGUCCUAAUGGAGAAGUUGUACUGCGAUGUCAACCAAGAGGCCAUUUGUGUCAAGGAUGGGCCGGUCUGCAACACUUUAAACUUUGACUCAAUGGAUGUGGACGACAUAUCCAAGUAUGACAAGGUCAGACGACUCACUAACUCUGACAGUCUGAUCAGAAACCCUCACUUUCCCAGUAGAUGGAAGUUCUUCUGGUGGAACAGCAUGGACUGGGAAGAGUACAACAAGGAUGCAUCAGCCGUGCUACUGCAGAAUAUGAAUGAAAAGGAGCCGGAGUGUACUCUCACCAUCGGCUCGCAGCAGUACAAGGUGGACUUCACCUCCAUGGUGCAGACCAACGUCACCACAGGGUUCGAGAGAGAGGUUCGCUGCAGGCCCGUCUACCGCUCCCCUGUUUCCAUGCAGCCUUACCUGAAGACAGAGGUCAAGACCAAACCCGACAGUGAUCCUCCAGCAGCCAACUUCAGCGUGGACCCUCUGAAGGAGUUCAGCUCCUGGUAUCCUCCAGUGUGGAGUGUGACCUCAGAGGACUACAGCCUGGUGGAUGUUCCUGCAGGCACAGAGGCUUACCGCAGUCUCCUGAACCUGUUCUGCGAGAGCCUGCCCGAGACCAGGGUGGACAUCGUCAGCAUCCAGCAGGUCCAGAGCCUCCUCCACUGGGACAAAUACCAAAGGCAGAAGGCGUUCAUGCAGAAGCAGCACGCUGACUUGAAGAAUCCUCUGGAGAGACAUCUCUUCCACGGGACGACCAAAAAGGCCUCAGAGGACAUCUGCUACAACAACUUCGACCCCCGCGUGGCCGGGGUCAACGGAACAUCCCACGGCGUCGGCUCCUACUUCGCCAGCACCGCCUCCUUCUCCCACACCUUCUCGGCCGUGGUGGCGUCAGAUGAGGUUCGUCACAUGUUCCUGGCCAAAGUCCUGGUGGGGAAGGUUUGUCUCGGGAGGCACAACUACCACCGGCCGCCGCCGCUGUACUCCACGACGAGGAAAUUCUGUCUCUACGACAGCUGCGUGGACAACGUGGACAAACCCACGAUAUUUGUCGUGUUUGACAGCUGUCAGUGCUACCCGUACUACCUCAUCAAGUACAAAGAUCUGCCCAAGGAGGUUGAGAUCUGAGGAAGCAGACGAGUUCGGUGAUGCUGGUUGUUCAGAGUGUUGAGUUAUAAGAUCAUCAAAUGUUAUCACCUGCAGUUUGUGUGUCAGUGUGUGCAGUUAGUUAUGUGCCAUGAACUUCUAUUAACAACAAUGAAGUUCUGAGAGGAGACAGUUCAAAAAAGUUCAAAAUGUCUUUUAUUUUGGUAAGUCAAACCUUUCACAUGAAUGGAAAUAAGUACUUCUAUUUGUCUUUUAAAGUGUUCUGAAUCAAAUUGACCUCUGCUGUGUUUAUGAAAAUAAACUGUUUGACUGAAUACAUUCAUCUCUUGAUGUUUAAACCUGAUAAACAGGUUUGAUCGUCCUUUGUUAAAAUAUAUCUGGUUAUAUGUUUGUCAAAUGUUGGACUGGAAUGUGUUUAACCGAAGUAGUAAAAGCGUAUAUCUUUGAAAAUAUUUCCUAUAAAUUCCCUUUUCUCUCUGCAAACUCCACACAGAAUGACAAAACAGGAUUUUCAUACAUUGCUGGCACAUUUACAAUGACAAAUGUAUUACUUUCCUCAAAAUUAGGUAUUCUUUCCUGCUUGUUUUCAUGUUUUGAGCAGGAAACGCCCAAUUCAAGCAGAAAAGCACUGAACACCUUUUCUUUAAAGCAUCCAAAUUAAAUUGAUUUAAAGGUAUACUAUGCGGGAUUUCCCUAAAAAACAAUGUAUGAAUUUAUAUAAAAGUUAUCCCUUUGAAUCAUUGGACGGAGCAGUGAGUGACAACAACCCCGCCCACAUUUAAGAGUACUGUUAGCGGUGGAAACACUAGGGUCUAGGUACCAUGUCAGAAGGGUUACUGUUGGUUCCAAAGGUACCAUACUGGAAGUGUGUUGUGGUAAUGGGGCUUAAGCCGAAACGCCAAACGAGAGUGAAUGUGGGGUUUGAUUUGACUGAUAAUCACGCAUAGUAUACCUUUAAAGUAACUGAAUUAUUUACUGUUGGCUCUGCAGCAAUAAUGACCCUGCCCCUCACAGACAUACAGUACACUGUGUUAACAAAAUAUUAGGGACAUUUAAUGACAAAUGAUUACUGUCCUUUGUUGAUUUCCCUUAAGUUUCCCUUAUAACUCAAAAGGGAUGAGAUGGAGAUGAAGAGGCACCGGCAGUUUUGUUGUUGAAGCUUUGACAAAAUGUGGGAAUAUCAGCUCAAUAAAAUGUCUAUUGAAUAUGAAGCGUAAAUACAGUAGAUUUCUGCAAAGUCUGGGAAGGUUUCUGUAUCUUCAUGCUUCACUUCUAUCCAUUAUUUUAAAAUCCCAUGUCUUGAAAUGACAUUUUGUAUUUCAUGUCGCUAUAUGUACGCUAGAAUAGAUCAAAUAAGAAGGCAUGAUCUUGUAUUUUAUAUACAGUAUGUAAAUCCUUUCUCUCUCAAUGUGCAAUUCUGCAUUUAUGUUUUUUUCCCAUGAUAACCCAACCUGUUACAACAAAGAAAAAUCACAGUCACAAGAUAAAAAUUACACUUAUUCACAAAAACCCCACAAAAAGCGUUAAGACAGGCCUGUUCGGAAUAAUGCACGUUCCACACUAGAAUAAAAAGAGGGAUGACGAAAUGAUAAUAAAAGGAUGAUGUCAACAUUAGUUAAGAGAAGAUGGCAGAGUAAAUCAUGUCACCACAUUUAAAGAUAUAAACAUGACUGAAAUUGUGACUGUGAUGCCAGUUACUUAUCAAAAAGAGACUCUUGGACAGAUGAUAAACAGAAAACAACUUUCUUUGUCCCUUCUGACCAAAUACUAACUCUACAGAUUGGCCUGAGGGUGGCGCCAGAGGACAGGCCAUGUAGUGGAGGGUUCAGACUGUGGCGUCGUGGACACCUACAUCCUUUGGUCCACUCCUCUGAGUAAGGCAAAACAAAACAAAAACACUGACAGAAAUAAAAUGUACAGGCAAAAGAAUUAAUACAAAAUGCAUCAUUAAAGGGACAGUUCACCCCAAAAUCAAGCCCAGUUUUCCUCUUACCUGGAGUGUUUUUUUUGUUGUUUUUUCAAUGUAGAUUGUUUUGGUGUGAGUUGCAGAGUGUUAGAAAUAUUGGCUAUAUAACCUUCAGACACCUGAACUAUUGUUUGGUUUACAUUUUUAAUGUCUGCUAGCUAUUUGGGAUCAGUAGGACCGGAUAAGUAUAAAAAAACUAAACACUGUCAAUGAUAAAAAAGUCCCAAUGUCCUCGAAUGAGUACUAAAUAAUAAACGUCUCUUAGCUAGUUGCUGUUGCUAAAAUUGGUCAAAUUUGUUGCCAUAUCAAACUACAAAUGUUACUAAUCAUGAAUAAACAAGUUU